AUCCUGUGCGCCGCGCGAGCGGGAUUUUACCGACGACUCCACCAGUCUUAUCCAGCGGCAAGCAAUGGCAUUUAUAAUGGAACAUACCCAAGGUUCCUGUACGACGUAUCCGCUGUACGUUAACUAUUUAAUUCCGGAAGAAACAUUCGGAAAGACUGGGCGUGAGGGUGAGCAGAGCACCAUGUUCUCUUUCCUGGGUUUACGUAAAGAUCCAAAGAAGUCGACGUCAGAGAGGGAUGCUGAUGGAGGCUUUGUGAUCAUUGCUUGUUCCUUUGCAGGAGAAACAGUUGAAGAGCAAAGGCGGAAGGUGCAGUCGAUGAACAUUGCACAACCUUCAACCAAUGUUAUUGUCUUGCCAUCUAAGCCAUCGUGUCCAGCUCCAGCCCGCCCAGUGGAAACAACCACAAGUCCACCUCCAUCACCCACGAACGUGGAAGAUGGGUCCUCCUCCGUCACAGAGGCUUCUUCAAUGGCCCCUGAUCUCCUUGGUGACAUCCCCUUCGCUUUGGCACCUCAUGUUCAGGCAGUGCAGAGAGGUUUCCCUUCUCUUCCCGAUGUACUGCUGUCCAAGGACAUGAACUCUAGCCUAAUGUAUUUUCAUUAUGACUUCACUUUGGAAAAAUCCAUUCUACAAAUUUGAUCGUUUUCACCAAACCCAAAUCAUGUUUUUGUCUGUUUUGCAUUUGUUUGCUACUGUACAUCCUGUUCAGAGUCAUGAAUGGGCUUUAGUUGAUCUCAGAGUUGGACAAGUGUUGUACAUCCUAUUUGUCAAUCAGACAUCAAGACAAUCACACUAACUGCAGUGGUUACCCAUUAAGAUACAGUGAGUGGUUCAGCACUUGUUCUCCCCCAAAUUCAUCCUUAUCACAACUUUUCACCAAAUCAAAUGAAGACUAAAUGAAGUGCAAAAAUGCGUCAAAAGGUUUGGUUACCAUCUGGGAUCCUACUCAACAUGGAACUGUCAAAAUCAUUUUGUUUUCCCUGUAUCUGACUACUUGAAGUCAUAAACAAUACGAAGGCA